AUGUCAUCAAGUUGGUCAAACCUAUCAUCCCAAGACAAACAAGCAUUCUAUUCAAUCCUAGAUGAAUAUUUCACCUCAAGACCCCAUUUAUUCCCACAACCUCACAACAACCCCAACAGCACCACCACCAAUUCAAGUUCAAAUGCAUACAGUGCAGCAAGUUCAAUAGCAUCAACCCAUCCAGGUGUAGCAGCCUCAGCACUACGAGCCGCCGGAGUCCCAAAAAACGUAGCUAGCAGUAAUAACGUCUCAACGGUUUCUAAAUGGUCACAGAAUCCAAAAGUAGUAGCUGCUAGUAGUAAAGUUAGUCAAUUAGCUGGUAAAUGGAAUCCUAAUGGACAAUCUAAUUCAGAACAAGAUUCAACUUCUACGGAUCAUAUGACCAAUGAAUCUCAAGUUUCUAGUCAUACUUCUCGUAAACCUGGUACUUUACCUAAUGGAUUACAGUCUUCACAGAAAUUCAUGGGAGGUUUUGUUUCACAAGCAGAAAAAGAUGCAUUAAAGAGAAACCCUUCAGGUGUACUAGGUUCAUCCCAACCCCAAUCCCAAAAGAAACCAACAUUCGAUCCACCGCCGAUCCGAAAAACAGGUCCGAUUCCCAUUCCAACCCCAUCACUUAUCGAAACUGAACCACAAGAAGAAGAAGAUGAUCAAGAAUGGGUGGUAGCUCUUUAUGAUUUCGAAGGUAGUAGUGAUCAAGAUCUUUCAUUUAAAGUUCAUCAAGUCAUCAAAGUCACUGAGCAUAUUUCAGAUGAUUGGUGGAAUGGUCAAAUUGAUAAUGGUCCAAUCGGAAUGUUUCCAAAAACUUAUGUAAAACCUCUUUAG